AUGGACGAACUGUUAGCUGAAAUGAACAAUUUGAAACAAGUUAAACGAGACUGCAAGUCACUCACGCGUUGCGCCAUGACGAUUUCCAUAUUUGUCAGUGAUAUGAAAGACAGCGGCUGCGUCGUGUUAGAGGCGUCAGAAGCUCCGUUUUUCAUGUCUCAGCUAUUAUCGAAGCUCGAUCAAAGAGACAACACAAACUUUGGAAGAGAGAUGCAAAGAGCGGGAAAGGAAGAGAAUGUGUCAAACCUCGUAACCUGGUUACAUCGAGAGGCAACCCUCCGCUCCAGAGGAAAACGAGACAAUGACAACGCCGACGAAAAAGAACGUACCCACCAAGGACCAACCUUUAGAAGAACAGAUAACCACGCAGCAAACAAUGAGCAAGAAGCGUGUCCACUCGGUUGUACGUCGAAGCACCAUUUAGCGGCCUGUCCGUUGUAUCAAAGUUCAACUGUAAAUCAAAGAGGGGACGUAGUCAAACAGAGCAACAGAUGCCGAAAAUGUCUCAGGCCACAUCAUACGAACGACUGCAGGAAGCCGGACGGUACUACCUGCGAGAAAUGCAAAAAGAACCACCACCAUUCUCUUCACAACGAGAAGAUUAAUUCGAAUUUAAGCGCGCGCGCAGUGCCUUUCCGAAUGCAAGAUAUUCCUGCAGAAGGAAAUACCAACUGCGCCACUAACCAGAAGAAAUAUUUCAAGCUCAUAACUGGUUUAUGUCCUGUCCAAAACGUCAAAGUUAUGGACUCAGGUGGAACGCUUGUUGAAAUACUAGCGAUGAUAGAUUCCGGAUCAAACACAAGUCUGCUAUCAAAGAAUGCAGCUGAACGACUUGGAAUAGCUGGGACAGUUACCAUCUUACUAUGA